AUGCCGCGUUGCUUUGUGACCGGCUGCAAAAGCGGCUACGACUCUGCGAGGGGUGCAGCUGAGAAGAGGCACUUUUUCAAACCGCCUAACGACGCCUCGCGGCUUCAAGAAUGGCAACACGCGAUCCCAAGAAGCGACAGGGAGCUCACGAGCUCUUGUGUUGUGUGCGACCUUCACUUUCAGGAAGAAGACAUUGUGAAAAACUUCGUGCACAAGAUCGGCGGUGACGUCGUCGUCAUACCACGAGACAAAUGGAGCCUCAAGGAUGACGCCCUACCUCGCUUGUUUCCCAACUGUCCAAAAUAUCUGUCAAAGCAUGUGCGGAAACGCAAAGCACCUGCCGUGAGGCCACCUCUCCAACCGAAGCGUCGGAAUGUUCAGGACGACGCCGAACAAGAAAACAUAGCGCCGAACACCUUCGAUUAUGGGAAGAGAGGCUGCUCUGUGGCAGGCAGCGUCGCACUCGAUAGCACCCAGUCCCUGUUCGAGGAGCUAUCGACAAUGGCGCAAGAGGGACGGCGGGUGCAAGGCUGGUCGACUGAACUCCUUGGUUCUACUGUCGUCCUGUACAAACUCGAAGUAGAAAACGCAGUCCCCCGAGUCAGUAAGGCAGUGACGUUCUCAAGCGAUUUUUGUUUGUCAGUCAGUGCAAAUGGGCGGCUUGUACCAUCAACGCCAUCAACUGUCUACACAGAAAGCUCGCAUAUGGAGGUCAAGUCAUUCAGGGACCUGACAUGCCUGCUCAGCCACGUGGAAAAGCUAAAGUCAUGUCAGGGCUUUCCUGCCAAGCUUUACCCACAAAUAUCGUCCUCGUCGGUAGCCAGUAAAGAUGGUGAGACAUGGAGACGCAAAACAUGCACUAUGUUGAGCUUGGAUGCCACCUGUACAGAAUGCAAAACGCUAGGUAGACUGUUUUUGAUGCGCACAAAGAACUGCCAAGGGCGCAAACCAAGACCCAAGAGCAAAUGCAUGAAAACAUUGCGUCGGAAAGUUAUCCGAGCCACGCUAAAGAGAGAAAAGCUGAACAAAGAGAUGGCUGCUAUGAAAAAAACAACUUUGUAA